AUGGACUUCGAUCCACCGCUCGCGACGGCGGUCCUGGCAGGUGCGGUGGAAGGCGGCGCGUCGGAGCGCGCGUGGCGGCGGGAGGACCUGCAGCGGCGCGGCUCGUUCGGCGACCUCUCCGAUGCCGAGUCGGACUGCUCACAGGCGUCCCGCGUCUCGCUGAAGCGAACUUGGUCAGAGUCGUCACAGGGGCGCACCGAGUCGAGCGGCUCAUUGGCCGCGGCCUCUGAACCCGGGCUCGGCCGCGCGGGCACCUGGCCGCUGCAGGUCGACGAUGACGAAGACAUGUGGCGGGCACGCUCAGGGGGCGGCGCGUCGGCGGCUGAGUGGAUGUCGCUUGAUCCGCUGCUGUGGCCGCGAUCCGACGGUCUGCCAGCGAGUGGGGCGGAGAGCUCGCCAUUCGAGGGUAUUCUGGGUGCGCCCCACGUACCCGUGAACCUGCCCGGCGUCGUCGACGAUGUCGGGAGAGGGCCGAGGGUGCGCGAGGGGUGCGCGAGGGUGCGCGCGUGCGCGAGGGUGCUGGGCGAUAUCAGGCAUUAG